AUGUCUGAUAAAUUUGGAAGAAAUCAAUCCACGAGAUGGGUUAAAGCAUCUAUUCCUACUUAUGGUGAUGAGUGGGGUGAUGAUUAUGAUUAUGACUAUGAGUCAGGUAAUGAAUCAGAACUUGGACAUUCCGAAUCUCAAACUAGAACAGGGGAUGAACAAAGCGCCAGCAUCAAAGAAGAGAAAGAGCAGCAUAAGCAUACAGAUGUUUGUCAAUUGGACCAAUUUGAUACCCCUGAAGGAGACAGGGAUAUUCAAAAUCCGAACUUAGUAUUGUCUAUCGAUAAACUAAGAACGCGGCGGUAUACUUCAGAGGAUUCUUCCAGUGAAGAUGAAGAAGGUCCAGAGAUUAUGGAUGAAAUAAAUGAGCCAUAUGAGAAGAAUGCUAGCGAGGAUUUUGUUUUUGACAAUAAUGAAACAAAUUUACAAUCUAAACAACCAUCGAGUAAAAAUGAUGAUAAAACAAGCGAGUUGUCAGGAAUGCCUGUAAAUCAGACUGUAACCACACACAAUAGGCAUUAUGAGCAGUCAGAUUUGCUUCCACCAACACCUACUUUCAAUACGACGGAUAGAACAAGUAACUUCGUAGGCGAGACUCCAAAGUCCGAUCGAAGUUAUCUUUCUGACGCAGAUUCUAUCCAGAAUGAGCCAUCAGACUUGAAUGUAAGAGAUAUUGGAAAAUUUGGUACAUAUGCAGAUGAAAGUGGAUACUCUGAUAAUAUGCCUGUUGAUACAAACCAUAAAACUCAACAAGAUCAGUCGGAGAAGUAUUUGGAUCCAAAUAAUGAACAGUUGGACACACAAUCAGAUAAUGAAGUCACGAACUCGAAUGAAAACAAAUCAACGGAGACUCCCGCCCCUUUAGUUUUAUCCAUUGAUAAGAAAACAUAUGAUGACGAUGACAAUAGCAGUGAUGAUGAUUGGGGCUAUAAUAGUCAAAAAGACAGCGACAAGACAGAGAGUGAAGAUGAAAAACCUCCAAUUGAAGAUGAAAAAGUUAAUUCCGAUGAUUUGAACGAAGAAACGGAUUCUAGUCGUAAGAAUAAGACUGAUGCUUUAGAUAACUUAAUAAAAGAUUUACAAAAUGCUUCGAUUGUCGGGCAUAAAGAAGAUCGAGCAGAUAUUUCAACUCGAAAUGAAUCAUCUGCACAGGAUGAAUUAUUUCUCAAUAUGGAUUCGUUACAGAACAUUUCGUUACCAGACUUUGAAAAUAACUCAUUUAGCCAUUAUGAUGGAGAAAACCACAAGGGCUUAAAUAUUCAAAAUGUCUUACAGGAUGAACCAGAAGAAGAUUCACAACCGCCAACGCCUAUCGCCCCAUUAUCAUUUGGGGAUGAGAUAAAAGGACACGAAGAUUUUGUUUCAGGGUUAACGGGUCAUAGGCGGUCAAUAAGAAAACCACCACCCGGUUCAACUACCACAAGCACAAAUAGAAAUGGAUUGGUUUCAGUUGAUUACACGAAUAUUGCGGAUGCUGUGAGUGGAUACAUGAAUGAUGAUGGAAGUAAUAAGAAUUUGGACUUAAAUCUGGUAGAUUCAGGAGCUGCCAGAUUAUCAAAUGUCCCUGAAGGUGAUGAUAAUGAAAAUCAUGACUUAGAAACUAACUUGAAUCCAGUUGUUUCCGCUGCAUCCUCAGGGUCUUUAUCUACUGGAAGCUUUUCUUUUGACGCUGCCCAAUCUGCUGGCCAAAAGGAAGAAGCUCCAAAACAAGCGGACUCUAACAAGGAAGAAGAAGAUAUUUCGAGGAGAAUUUCUACGAUGAGCGCUAACACUAUAAGUAUGGGAAAUUGGAAACCAAAUACCAAUAACUAUCGUGAUCAAUUUAUUAAUGACAAUGAUAACGAAUCACACAUAAAUUUCAACCCUUAUGCAGAUUCUAAUAGUAGUUACAACAAGUUCACGAAGAUGAGAACGGUCUCAGGAGCUUCAUUUGAUUCUGUAUCCAACUCAAGUUCCGUUUCAGUACCUGAGACUAUUGAUGCGGCAUUACCAAGUAUUGAUGAAGAUCCCGACAACCAUGAUUCUACGAUGAAUGAUAGUGAUAACAGUCUUGAUUUAACUAAAACCAUCAACACAACAGACUCUGUCUUGAAAGAGCAUCAUUACCACCCGCAGGUAUUUAAAGAAGAGAAGGUUACGCCAAUUAGUUCGAAGGACGAUUUGGGUAAAACUGCUCAAGAAACAACACAGAAAUAUGCUAGUCUCUUAGGGCCAAGUACGACAGAUGCCGAAGAGAGUGAAAUCACAAGUUCCAAAUCAAAGUCAUCGUUUGCCAACAGCGAAGAACCAAUAGCAGACUUUAAGAAAAGUUUGGGUAGUACAUCCUCGGAAGGCACAACAAUUCAAUCCACAAGUAGAAAUUUUACUCCACAACCGUAUAAUCUUUACAAUUGGAAGAGUAUUAUGGCAACAUCUCAACCUAUAGAUCGAAUUCGUUUGCUUAAGGAUGCACUUCAAAAAGAAACUGAUUAUGAAACAGGCUUACUGAAUUGGCUAAAUGAAUCUUUGAGACAAUCCGAGGAUGCUUCGAAUAUUCAUAUAGGUAAAAUUGCUACUCAAGCGUACCAAAAUGCUGCUCAUAAUGAUAUUAGAAGACACGCGUCGAUUAGAAGUAAGGUUUCAAUUGUUAGAGAUAAAGUAGAAACUUCCGGAUUGCAAGCUUCAAGUCUAGGUAAAAGGUUUUUCAACCGUGGUAAGAAGUUGAUGAAAUCAUCGGGUAAUGAGUAA